AUGGCGGGGGAGGACUGCAGCUCCGGCGCGGAAAUGGACGCGCUCGUACGACGCCUGAGGCUCCACCGGCCGGCCCCCUCCCCCUACGAUCCCGAGCCGGCCGCGGCCGCCGUCCCCGCCACCGCCGGCGAUGGCGAGCUGUUCCGGCCGCGGAGGGCCGCCGUGCUCGUCUGCCUCUUCCGGGGCGACGGCGGCGAGCUCCGCGUCAUCCUCACCAAGCGUUCGUCCUCCCUCUCCACCCACUCCGGUGAAGUUUCAUUACCAGGAGGGAAGGUCGAGGAGGGUGAUGCUGAUGAUGCAGCAACAGCAUUAAGGGAGUCAAAGGAGGAGAUUGGGCUUGAUCCAGCUCUGGUUACAGUGGUUGCCUCUCUUGAACACUUUUUGUCCAAGCACCUGCUGGUAGUUGUUCCUGUUGUUGGCAUACUAUUAGACAGACAAGCAUUUAAACCUGCUCUUAAUAUUGCUGAGGUAGACGAAAUAUUUGAUGUACCACUGGAGAUGUUCCUCAAGGACGAGAACAGGACAUCCGAGGAACGAGAAAAGAUGGGCCAUGCAUUCACAGUUCAUUACUUCACUUACGAGAAAGGAAUCCAGAAGUACUUAAUCUGGGGUCUGACCGCCGGCAUCUUGAUCCAUGCUGCUUCAGUUGUAUACCAGCGACCACCAGACUUUACAGAGCGAAGAGCACAUUUCAAAUUGCCAAAGCUCACAAAGGACUGCUCUUCAAUGCUAGCAGGACCUGCUAAACACUAG